UCAGAAUUCCCCAUAGGUGUUCGACUGGGUUCAGAUCAGGAGACAUACUUGGCCACUGAAUCACUUUUACCCUGUUCUUCAGAAAUGCAACAGUGGCCUUAGAUGUGCAUUUUGGAUCAUUGUCAUGUUUCUAAAAGUGAACGACUACCAAAAGCACAGAGUGAUUGUAGCAUCUUCUUUGAAUAUAGAGCUCAUGCAGCCCCACAGAAGGACGCUGUCACCAUCAUGUUUCACUGUAGGCACCAUGCAUUUUUCUUUGUAUUCCUCACCAUUGUGAUGCCAUACACUUUUGAAGCCAUCAGUUCCAAAAACAUUUCUCUUGGUCUCAUCACUCCAGAGUACAGAGUCCCAGUAGUCUUCUUCUUUUUCAGCAUGGGCCCUGGCAAAUACUAGGUGGGCUUUUUUGUGCAUGGGCUUUAGGAGAGGCUUUCUUUGUGGAUGACACCCAUGCAUUCCAUUUCUCUGCAGUGUAUGCUGCAUUGUGUCACGGAAAACAAUCACCCCAGUUUGGCCUUCUACUUCUUUAGAUAACUGCGGUGAACUUACAUGGCAAAUUUCUUCAACCCUUCUCGUCA